AAAACGUCUGAGUAAAAUCUUCAGGGUCACGUUAGAAUAUCAGUGAAAGGGGUUCUUUCGAAACGAGUUGUUUGUUACUUAAAUGCAUGAAUGACCAGUAUCCUUCCUAAUUUCAACAAUGUUCCCUCAGAGUGAAGAUCGGGUCAAUUUACGCCGCGUUCCUGACUUUUAUAAUGGAAAAUCUAUUUUCAUAACUGGAGCUGCUGGAUAUUUAGGAGUUAUUAUUCUAGAAACUCUUCUGAGAGCAUGUCCAGGCAUAUGCUCCAUUUACAUUCUACUGCGAGAAAAAAAAGGAAUACAACCAGAAUGUAGAAAAGAUGCCAUUUUCAAAAGGAAGAUAUUUUAUAAACUGAAAGAGAGACAACCAGAUGUAUUUAAGAAAGUUCAUGUUGUAGCAGGAGAUGUGACAUUGCCUAAUUUAGGAAUGAGUCAAGCUGAUCUCUUAAAAUUGAUUGAAGAAGUUUCAGUGGUUUUUCAUUGUGCAGCCAGUAUUAGUUUUCUGAAACCCCUCAAGUUUAUGGUCUUGCAAAAUUCAAAAGCAACUUACAAUGUUAUAGAGUUCAGCAGAAAAUUGAAGAGAAUAGAUGCUUUAGUGUAUACGUCAACCGCUUAUUCAAAUAGUAACAGACAAAGGAAGAUCGAAGAAAUAAUUUAUAGAUUACCAUUUCCUUCUCAAAGAUUUUUGGAUGAAUUGGACAAUGGUAAUAAUGAUAAUUUGAAUGCUUUAAUGGACAUGUGCAAACCCUCAUGGCCGAAUCACUACACCUUCAGCAAAUGUUUAUCAGAAAACAUUAUUUUAGAUUACGCUUCAGAUUUACCAGUAGCUAUUGUUCGCCCAUCUAUAAUACUAUGUUCAUGGAAAGGAAUAUUGCCGGGAUAUAUAGAAGAAGGCUCAGGAAUGGUAGAUUUAGGAAUUGCAGUUGGUAAAGGUUUUGUCCGAGCUAUUCCUGGCGACCCAAACACUAAAAUAGAUUUAAUUCCUGUCGAUAUUGUGGCUAAUACGCACAUCGUAACCGCUUGGAGUGUAGCAACUGGCAGAUCAUCAACUCCUUUGGUUAUUAAUUGCGUAGCAGGAGAGUUAUUGCAACCAACUCUUCAAGAAUAUCAUGAUACAUUAUUUAACAUGGCAGUUAAUAACCCACUACCAAGAUCUUUUCAGAGACCGUCAUCAUCAAUACAGAAGAAUAAAUUUAUUUAUGCGAUAAUCGUGCUGUUUGAACAUUACAUACCAGCACUGGUGAUUGAUAUGCUACUACGGCUAAGUGGUAGAAAGCCCAGGAUGCUAUCUCUUUACCGGUUUUAUGAUAGUGCAGUCUCAGCUUUAAAUUUUUUUCUCACUAAUUCCUGGAAUUUCCAGAUAGAUCGCUUCAAGAGUCUUGCACAGCAACUAGAUCCAAAAGAUGAAGAGAUGCUUUAUGUUGACACAUCAGAGUAUAGAGUCUCAUCAGUAUCAGAAGUAUUACCAAUUGGAUCACCUUUUUAUGAAUGGGAUAUUGAUCGAAAACCAAUGACCGAAAGAAAUCGAAUUACCUUUAUACGCUACUUAUUUACCAGUUUCAUCAAGACAAUUGUGCUGGCAGGUGUAUUCUUUUUGUUUUACAUCAUAAUAUCUAAAGUUUUACAAAACACGACUAUCUUUUAAAUAUGAAUUUCAUUCAUAGUAUUCAUUUUUGUAAAUAGAUGAAGUAAUUUAGUUAUUUUAAAGAAACAUAUAAUGAUGUGCUCAUAUUUUAAAUUGUCCUCAGUGUGUAAUUCAUACUAAAUGAAUUGUGAAUUUCAUAUACAGAUUUUAUUAUUUUAUGUUGUAAAUAGAUGAAAGUGUUGGUAUUUUCAAUAAAACGUUUUCAUUCAGCGAAAAA